AUGACAUCUCAAUUUACAUUCUUGACACACACAGACCCUGCCCUAGGGAGAGCCAACACCAAGCGCAUGCGGGCCCAUGUCACUCGUAAGAAUUUUGAGAAGCGGCGCGAGCGAUUAGAAGAUGCGAGAUGCGGAAACAAGGUCUUGCGAAUUAAGCCACAAUUAACAGAAACCGGAAUAUCAGAGCCGGAGCUAUCCGCAAUGAAAUGCCGUGCUUUGAACCCUUAUAUGGGACUCGUGGAAUCCGAUUAUGUUGUCAUUCACCAAUUAUUCCGCUACUUUAGACCUUUACUCCUCUCUUUGGCGUCUGACAAAGCGACCUUGCUCCGGGAACGAUCCUGGAUCCAGUUGAACUUUUCCGAGCCAGCUCUUCUGGAAGCCUCCUUGGCAUGGGGGGCCAAGGCUAUCAAUAUGAUCAACACCAGAUUGAAUGAUCCUGUAACGGCGGUAACUGAUGGAGUACUUGGCGCGGUAUAUACCUUGGCAUAUUGCGAGCGCUUGGCAAAGAGAGAAACAGGCUUUGAGACUCAUAUGACUGGCUUCAGACAUAUGAUUCAAUUCAGGAGAGGACAGAAUAACCAAUAUGAUGACCUGUCUUGGUUCUCAGAACUGCUUAUCUCAGAUAUUGAUAUGAAUUCCCAGGCAAGCACAAAAGCACUGCAUUCGUUCUUUCCAGAUUCCAUCUCCAGAACCCUCGAUGCUAUAUCCAAAGAUAUAGCCAACCUGCGUACUGCAAUCGAAUACUCAAGGAGAUACGAACUGGCAGACCAUUUCCUCAUCAAAGAAAUCGAUGAACGGAUAUUGACUAUACAGAACAAAAGCGACACGCUGCGAGGCAAAUUACAAUAUAUCGACGCUCUCGCCCAAUCCAUUCGUAUUUUCCUUCAUCUAUCGUGUGACCGUCUGCCCAUAUUACCUGCCAACCUCACUACCUUAACCUCCGGCCUGAAAAAUAUUCUGAGCGAGCCGGAUACUCGUCUCUGUUCAUCAUUUGAGUUCACGAUUUGGCAGCUAUUUGUUGGAAGUGUGGCGAGUACGGCCGACUCUGAUACUGGGAUUUGGUUUAGAACAACUCUCUGGAGGCUAGCACGAGCGUUCGUUCUUAGAGAAUGGAGCAGGGUAUUGUCUAUUUUAGGGAGGGCUUUUAUGCCCCCGUAUCAGCUAUUAGCGGAUUUCAAGUCGGUUUGGAUAGAAGUAAUGGAGAAUCAGAGUUUUCACGUUUAG